AUGCCUCCUGUCCCGAAACAGGCUGACUUCCCUUCCUCUCUAACCGUCACCAUCACCCCGCCAGACACCCUGCGAUCAACAAACAUCCUCAUCCUCCUCCACGGUCUAGGCGACACUCCAGCACCUUUUGCCAACUUUGCAUCAGGACUUCACCUGCCCGAGACCAGCUGUAUAACCGUUCAGGCGCCUGUCCCACUGCCCUUUGACCUCCCUGGCUUCCAUUGGGGUGAUGACAUCGUGUUCGAAGCAGACUUGCUAGACCCAGAUCCUGGUUUUAGUCGGGCAACCCGCCUGAUAGUUACAGAUCUCAUACGGUCGACACUGAUAGAUAAACUAGGAUACAAGGCUCGUGAAAUUUUAUUAUUCGGGUUCGCACAGGGUGCGAGUGCUGCGUUGAGCGCGGCACUGGAGUUUCAUCGAUCAGAAAGUGGCCAGGGAGAGCUCGGCGGUAUCAUUGCUGUUGGCGGAGUGUUGCCUCUUUCAGCUAUCAACGGGCGGGGGGGUGGACGGAACAAAUCACCUAGUCCGGUGUUGGUGUUGGGCGGUCAUGGUGCACACAGUGCUGUAUCCGACAUAGGCGCUCGCCGGACGAAGGAAGAGUUUGAAUACGUGGAAAUUGUCCGCUGGAGGGGGAAGAAGGAAGAUACUAUGCCCCGAAAUAGGGAGGAGAUGAUGCCCAUAAUGCAGUUCUUUGCUAGACGGCUACGUAGCACCAGUGGAGUCCCUGAAGGAAGCGUGGAGCUUACUCAGAUAUAA